UUAUGGCUGAGUAGCAUUCCAUUGUAUGAACAUACCACAAUGUGUUUAUCCAUUUACCAGUUGAUGGGUAUUUGGAUUAGUCCAGUUUUUGGUAAUUAUGAAACAGACUGCUAUAAAUAUGUGCACAUAAAUUUUCUCUUGUGUAAAUAUCUAGGGGUAGGAUUGCUGGGUCAUAUGAUAAGUGUACGUUUACCUUUGUAGGAAACUACUAAACUGCUUUCUGUCUGUACUAUUUUGCAUUCCCACCAACAGAGUAUGAGAGUUGUUGUUCAGUAUCCUCACCAGCCCUUGGUAUUGUCAGUAUUUUUUUUAAGCUAUCUAAAGUGUGUAGAAGGAGCCCUGGUUGUGCAAUGGUUAAGAGCUCAGCUGCAAACUAAAAGGUUGGUUGGUAUUGAACCUACGCAGUGGCUGUGUGGGAGAAAAAACCUGGCGAUCUGCUUCUGUAAAGAUUACAGCCAAGAAAACCCUAUGGGGCACAGUUCUACUCUGUAACACCUGGGGUCGCCAUGAGUUGAAAAUGACUUGUGGGCAACUAACAACAACAGAUUGACUCUCGAGCCAGUGCUGUUUGCCUGGUUUUUUUCUUUGAUAAUCUAGGAAGAUUGAUUUCAAGUGGCCUUGAAUAGAACCAGGAAUCCAGUUCCUAUAGGUGGUAAAAUAAUGCUAAUAAGGGUAGCCCGAGGCAAAGGGGCAAUAUAUUGUAAUAGCAACUCUGGAAUCAUCUUAGGAACAGCUAAGGUAUGUUUUUGUUGAAGAGCAGUAAUUAUUUUCACUUUAAGUCUCUCUCACUUAUGUAUGUAGAACUGAUCCACAUACUGGUAGCUAAAAGUACUUCUUUUAAAUUACAUUCCAAAUAUCUGCCAUUAUCAAGUAAUGAGGUGCUUUAUAUAAAUGGAUUUUCUCAGUAGCAGAAGCAUAUUCUUUUAGGUAUUUGUACUUCAUAAAAUAUCCCACACGCUUGAAGUGAUUCACUUUGUCUUUUAACGUUUAUCAUAAUGCUGACUUCAGGGCACUCACUGAGUGGUGACCUACUUAGGGAAUACGUAGAACAACAUAUUGACCUAUGGCUUCCGAUUCCAGUACUUUCAAAUUAUAUUUGUUUGUAGUUUUAUAGGGUUGUUGUUUUUUUUCCUUCUCUAAUUAUCAACUGUCACUUGUUUGUUCUAACAUCCUUUUACUGUUGCCAUUUUUUGUCCCUUAUAAUUUCUAUUUCUAAUAAGCUAAAAGAAGAUAAUCAAAUUAUUAGACUUGCAUGGCUAUUGCCUAAGGUAAGUUUCAGCUCCGGUCAAGCACUGGGGGGGAAUUUCCAGUGAACUUCUCCCAUGACUACUCAGAGGCCCUUCUUUUUGCUUUCGUAUUUGGUUUCUGAAUAUCAUUCUGGAGCUAAAUUAAGCUAACAUUUGACAGUAGAGAAAGGGAUGCAUUUUCCUUUUUAGCAUAAUUCUUUAUUAGUAAGUUGUUGAAACGUGAUUAUUUCAUAAAAAGCUAAACAAACCAAGCAGUGUUCAAUGGUGUGGAAUAUAUAGACACUGGGCAGAAAAUCUGUUCACAAUCAUUAUGUUUUGUGGCAGUUAUAAAGUUUCUUGUGAAAGUCAGUGACAUCUUCUUGUCCUCUCAGCUGUGCCUCUGGUAAGGCAGAAUGACUAUUUCCAAGUAAUUAUCUAACUAAAUUUACUUUUUGAAAAAUAUUUGAACAAAGGCUGUCUAGUGAAUUGCACUUGGAAGUGCUUAAUGCUUUCAAGCCAUUUUGAUCAGUUUGAGCUCUUGGAAUAAAUUGGUAAAUAUUCACCUAGGGACCAGGGUAAGUAGUUAGUAACAUUUCUGCUGCUUGGCCACUUUAUCAGAUGUAUGGUGAGUUGGCAAGCAAGGCUUUCUUGGACGCAUCUUUUGUUGGUGCGCCGUUAGGGUCUACCACGUAUGGUACAGCAGAGCUUUAGCAGGGUGCUGACACAUGGUAGACUUUCAGUGUAUACGGAAAAUUCUAUUCAAAAGGAAAAGAAAACUGUGGUUAUAAACUGUGAUGGCACUGAUAAUUUUUAAAAAAUAGGGUUUUAUUAAGUUUGCCAUUCUACCUAAAAGCAUUUUACUAUAUUGCACUUUAAAGUUCCUUUCUAACUCUGAGCUUUUUUUGUUUAUUCUAUAAACCAGAUUAAUUCAGACUUGUUUUUCCACUGAACUUUGAAUUUUCUAGUGGAUUUUAUCUGUUUAGUGAACUUAUAAAUCUGCAUCUGGUAUUGCAGUUUGCUGGCUUUUUCAGAUUAUAUGGCAAUAUACCCCUUUCAUAUAAGGGUUAAUGAGUAGGCAGGGUAGACUCACCUGAUUGUUAAACUCACCUUAUUGUUGCUUUAUGAGCAGAAAAGUGGCUGUUUCCUCUCUAUACCCUCCCAUACUUUUUUCUUUUGUAGUUUUAUUUACUCAUUAUAUUAAAAUAAUUUUUAAAAAUUGAAGUUUGUUUUUUACAACAAUAUACAGUUUUCAGUUUAGCUUCCUAGUAGAUUCUUAUUCCAUUUUAUUGUUAAUUUUAAAUUAUGGUAAUUAACACAAGCUGAGUAAUUUUUUAAGGAAAGUCUUUUCCUUGGCUGUCCCUCCCUCUUUUCCUCCGCCUCUCCCCUGUUUUUACCUGCAGAUUUGCAUGUUUGACCUCUCAGAAUAAUUGGGUCCACAGCAACAUGGGCGUGUCUUCCUUAGAAACACUUGGUUUCAUGUAUGACUCAUAAGCCAAAGCACAGACACCACUUCCCCAAUCUACAGGAGCCAUUUUAACAGCAUAAAAGUUGCCGGAUUGCUUUUUAUUUUCAAGCCCAAAGGACGAUAUCUAAAGAGAAAGACAAUAUUUAAAGGCCAAGAAGUUCCAGAGAGGAAAAAUUGCCUCAGUUUGAAUACAGGAUCAGUGAAGCAAGAAUAUUUGAAGCACCUUCCCUAAAGAAAACCUGGGUAUACAGUAACUUGACAGACUGAGCUGUGGGUUUUUUACCCAAACUAGUCACUGGACUCUGCUGCCUGAUACUUGAACCUGAUUGGAAUCUUUCUUAUGUGGAUCUAAGGGGAAUGCUUUAUUAUGGCUGCUGUUGUCCAACAGAACGACCUAGUAUUUGAAUUUGCGAGUAACGUCAUGGAGGAUGAACAACAGGUUUGAAAACAGACAGCAUGUUGACUGUGCAGCCCUCUUAGAUGAAAGAUCCUGUGUAGAUCACAGGCUUGAUGUGAUGAGGCUUGACCGCAGGAUGUGGCAGCAGACAGGGGACAGAGCUCUAAGCCACUCACUGGUACACCUUAGUGCAGUGGCUUUGCACUCUUUUAUCCAGUCCGUGUGAUGUGGAAUAAAGAGCAUCAGCUUUGGAACCAGGCUCCACCCCUUACCAGCAGUGUGACUUUGGACAAGUUUUCACCGACUUUUGAUUUCUUCCACCAAAAAUGAAGGAAUUACCUCUCAAGCUUAUGAGCAUUAAUGAGACCCUUAUGUGAAGCAUUUAGCAAGAGCCUGGCACAUAGGAAAGCCAAGUAAAUAUGCUAACAAGACAGUACUGUACCAUGUGGAAGGCUGACCAUAAUAGUGCAUAGGUAAAGAAUAUGGACACCGGUGUCAGUUCAAGCUUGGUGAUCCAGCUAUUUUUCCUGCUGUAAUUGUGGAACAUGUUCCUGGUGCCGAUAUUCUCAACAGUUAUGCUGGCCUAGCCUGUGUGGAGGAGCCCAAUGACAUGAUUACUGAGAGCUCGCUGGAUGUUGCUGAAGAAGAAAUCAUAGAUGAUGAUGAUGAUGACAUCACCCUUACAGUUGAAGCUUCUUGUCAAAAUGGGGAUGAAACUAUUGAAACUAUUGAGGCUGCAGAGGCACUCCUCAAUAUGGAUUCUCCUGACCCUAUGCUGGAUGAAAAACGAUUAAAUAAUAAUAUAUUUAGUUCAUCUGAAGAUGACAUUGUUGCCCCAGUCACCCACGUAUCCGUCACGUUAGAUGGGAUUCCUGAAGUGAUGGAAACUCAGCAGGUUCAAGAGACAUAUGCAGGCUCACCAGGAAUCUCAUCACCAGAACAGCCCAAGAGAAAGAAAGGGAGAAAAACUAAACCACCGCGGCCAGAUUCCCCAGCCACUACGCCAAACAUAUCUGUGAAGAAGAAAAGCAAAGAUGGGAAGGGGAACACAAUUUAUCUUUGGGAGUUUCUACUGGCACUGCUUCAGGACAAAGCUACCUGUCCUAAAUAUAUCAAAUGGACCCAGCGAGAAAAAGGCAUUUUUAAAUUGGUAGAUUCUAAAGCAGUGUCCAGGUUGUGGGGGAAGCACAAAAAUAAACCUGAUAUGAAUUAUGAGACCAUGGGAAGAGCUCUCAGGUACUAUUACCAAAGGGGUAUUCUGGCAAAAGUGGAAGGUCAGCGCUUGGUGUAUCAGUUUAAGGAAAUGCCAAAAGAUCUUAUUUAUAUAGAUGAUGAGGAUCCAAGUUCCAGCAUAGAGUCUUCAGAUCCAUCACUGUCUUCAACAACCACUUCAAGUAGGAACCAAGCAAGCCGAUCCAGGGUAUCUUCAAGUACAGGGAUAAAAGGCACCACUACAGUUCUCAAACCAGGAAAUGCUAAAGCUGCAAAACCCAAAGAUCCUGUGGAAGUUGCACAGCCAUCAGAAGUUUUGAGGACAGUGCAGCCCACACAGUCGCCAUAUCCUACCCAGCUCUUCAGGACUGUUCAUGUAGUACAGCCAGUACAAACUGUCCCAGAAGGAGAAGCAACUGUAACGAAUAGCAUGCAAGAGGAAACAUUAAAUUCUUCCGUUCAGAGUAUUAGGACUAUACAGGCUCCAGCUCAAGUCCCAGUGGUUGUUUCUGCGGGUAACCAGCAGUUGCAUACAGUAACACUCCAGACAGUGCCGCUUACAACAGUUAUAGCCAGCACAGAUCCAUCAUCGGGUGCUGGAUCGCAGAAAUUUAUUUUACAAGCCAUUCCGUCCUCACAGCCCAUGACAGUACUGAAAGAAAAUGUCAUGCUGCAGUCACAGAAGCCGGGUUCUCCUCCUAUUGUCUUUAGCCCUGCCCACGUACAGCAGGUCCUUACUAGCAACGUUCAGUCCAUUUGCAAUGGAACCGGCAGUAUGGCUUCAUCUCCAUCCUUCAGUGCCACUACACCUGUGGUGACCUUUUCUCGAAGUUCACAACUGGUUGCUCACCCACCUGGCACUGUCAUCACUUCAGUUAUCAAAGCUCAAGAAACAAAAACUCUCAUACAGGAAGUAGAGAAAAAGGAGGUCGAAGAUAAUUUGGAUGAAGACACUGAGAAGAUGGAGGCACAGCCACAGCCUUUUGUGAUGGUGGUGUCCAGUUCCAAUGGACUGACCUCUCAGGUAGCUAUGAAACAAAAUGAACUGCUGGAACCCAACUCUUUUUAAUUAAUGUACCAAAGGAAUUAUGGAUGAUUGUUUUUUAAUUGAACAUUUUCAGUUGUUUGCAAACUCUCUGAUCCUAUGACAAAUUCAACAGAGGUUCCUGAUUUUUGUAGUUAAUUGUUAAAAUAAUUUAGAGUUAAUUUUGACGUUCGAUGAGGGAGGGAAAACCCAAGUGCUUUUGUUUGUUCUCCAAAUGUUUCAGAAUUCAAUUGUGAAGGAACAUUUUAUACUAUGAAAACAUUCUUUUGCGAUUUUUUUUGUUGCUACAUCAUAAGCAUUUUUAAACUUUUCUAAUUUUACAUUUUAAUAGCCUUUCUGAUUCUUUUGUAAAUAAGUACUUAAAUGUAAGGUAACAGGAAAUUUAUAUAGGAACUGUUUUCAUUCCACAUGCAUGUUAAUUAAGUCUUGACUCUUUCAAGUGCAAAAAAUCUAUUUUAUGCUUUGUUAAAAUUAUGGUUUCACUUAGAUUGACUUUAGUUGGCUGCACUAUGAACUAUGGGUAUGUAAAAUAGGACAUUAAAAAAUCUCAACAUGCCCAUGAAGUGGCUGAACCUUGACUGCUUUGGAAUUAUCUCCGAAAGCAGGAUAGUAUAAAAGCAUCAGCCUAAGAGUGGCUGUCCCACUAACUAGCUGUGUAACCUUGGGCAAGCCACUUAAUCUUUCAGGGCCUCAGUUGUGCUCAUGAAAGGAAAGGAGGUAUUAGACUAGAUGAUCUCCAAUUUCCCUUCUAAUUCUAAAUCUUAUGAUUCUAACUCCUAUAUUUUAAAUUCAUGCCAAUUAAAACAUUAUCAGGUUAUAUCCUAAUGUAAAUAUAGCUAAAAUACAGAAGAAAAAUAAGUGGCUCCACAAAAUUUGUUCUUCCAUUAUCAGUAAGGUCUGCCAUAAGCUUAAGUUCUUCCAAAAUCCUUUGUUCAUUAACUCCUUAGGCCUGUGUGGGCCACUGUUGAAUGCUUAAUGAUAUACUGCUGUUGUAAAAGAGUCAAAGACCUUUCUUAAGGGCCCAGAAAGCAUUUUGAGUCUUGGGCUAAUCCGGCCAAGUAGUCAGUUGCUGUAAAAGCACCGUCGCUUUAUGUUUUGGAUCACUUUUUUAUUGGGGGUGGGGGUGGGGGGAAAUUGCAUACAAAGAUAUAUACAUAUAUAUAUCCUAGUUUCUGAAGUAGUUUUUAGAUUACUUUUCCAGCUGUAAAUAAUGUACAUUUACUUUCUCAAGAAAAAUUUUUCUCUUCGAAUUUUCUAGUAUAGCACAGAAAAAUUUUUGUAGAUGAAAAAAUCAUUAUGUUUAGAGGUCUAAUGUUGUAUGUUUUCAUAUUUCAGAGUGAAUUUGUAUUUAAACAAAAUUUUAAAAUUUGGAAUCCUUUAAACUUUUUUGUAUCUUCAUUUGGUUUAUUAAAUAAAUCAUGCAAAAAUUCUUGAAUUUUUGUUUUCAAGCAAA